AUGUGCAACUUCGGACACGUGACCAAUUACUUGACCAAACUGGAGCAAGUGAGCUCGUCCCAGAGCGACGCUGUGUUGAAGUCGAAGGUCGCGUCGGCUUUUGGGCUUGUCGCUCUGCACGAAAAGAACUACCAUGCUGCGGCUUCCAAGUUCAUCGAGUGCAGUGCUGAGAUUGGUGCAAGUGACAACGAAGUGCUGCACGCAGAGGACAUUGCACUGUACGGUGGGGUUUGCGCUCUGGUGUCUUUUGAGCGCAAAGAGCUGAAGGAAAAAGUGAUCAACAACUCGUCGUUCAAAGCAUUCUUAGAGCUGCUGCCUUGGCUGCGCGAGCUCAUUACGGACUUCAACUCAAGCAACUAUGCGUUGUGUCUUCAGACGCUGGAGCGAAGAAAGCCUGAGCUCAAGCUCGACAUGUAUCUGUGUGAGCACGUGGCUAAGCUGUGCAAGGAGAUUCGGAGCCGCGGAAUCAUUCAGUACUUUUACCCGUACCUGUCCGUGGAUUUGCACCAGAUGGCUCGCACGUUCAACACAGCAGCAGCGGACCUUGAGAAAGAGCUGUGCGAGUUGAUUGCUGCCGAGCGUCUACAUGCGCGAAUGGACUCGUACCAAAAGGUGUUGCAUGCGUACCAGCCGAACCACCGCACUAUUACGUACAAACGUGCGUUUGAAGUGGGCCGCAAGUAUGCUGCCGAGUCGCGCAAUCUGCUGUUGCGCAUGAGUCUGCUCAAGAACAACGUGAUCAUCCGCGACUCGUGA